UCCUUCCUCGCGCCAACCCGCGCUUUGUGCGCCGCUCCGCGCGGGGAAAUGGAACGAGGAAAUGAAAUGGAACGAGGAAGUUCCGUAGCGACGGCGCCAGGAGCUCCGUUAGUGCGUGGGCAGCGGAGCAGCGGGACGGGAUGCCCAGAUUGGGUAGGGGGCUCCUUACCUGGGUAUAUCCAGGACCCGCCUGUAUAACGUGCUGUAGGAACUCGCGAUAGGGGCUGGGACUCCACGACCCUCAGAGGUCCCCUCCAAGCCCCGUGGUUCUGUCAGCGUGCUGGUGGGCAGAGAAUGGAAUCGUAGAAUCACAGAGUGGCCUGGGUUAAAAAGGACCACGACGAUCGUCUGCUUUCAACCCCCCUGCUGUGUGCAGGGCUGCCAGCCACCAGACCAGGCUGCCCAGAGCCACAUCUCUCCAUCCGUGGCCAUUCCCUGUGGGCAGCUCUGUGGGAUGCUCACAGUCCAGAGCGUUUCUGGGGAUAGCCGAGUGUGGGGCCGGGGCUGUGGGGUGUGACACAUGGAUCCCACACACAGCCCUGGGGCACAGGCUGUCUGUAUGCAGGGGAUGCGUGCUGGGAGCCUCGUUGCUUUGCUCACUGCGUGUCUGGCCAUGCACCCCCAGCGAGGGUGCAGGCUGAUGUUGGGAGGACCAAACGUGUCCGUGUGACUCAGCCCAGCUCGCUUUGCCUCCCUGCCAUUGGCUUCUGCACAUACCUACACGCCUCACUGGGAGGGUUGUGCCAAGCAGUCAAGUUUGGGCCGAUGGAUCUCUGUGUGCCAGAGGUGGGGAGUUGCUCAAAGACAGCAGGGCAAGCUCCAGGACGUGCCCAGGCCCUCGGGGCUGGGACCACACGGCGUUUGCUUAAGGAGCCUGUUUCGUGCCGUGGACUUGCUGGGUUUGCCUCCAGCUGGCUUUCCUGGUGCAGGGGCUGUGCAGGGCUUCUGAGCAGUGAGGGGACGAGAUGUUUGGGGGGAAAAUGAGCAGCCUUGGGAAGAAGCUGAUCCGCCGGCGCAUGGUGGAUCUGAGUUCCGAGGAGACGCGCUUUGCUCGCUGCCUCUCCACACUGGACCUCAUCGCCCUGGGGGUGGGCAGCACGCUGGGUGCUGGUGUGUACGUGCUGACCGGGGAAGUGGCCAAGGAUACAGCCGGUCCAUCCAUCGUCCUCUGCUUCCUGGUGGCCGCACUGUCAUCGAUACUGGCCGGGCUCUGCUAUGCAGAGUUUGGAGCCCGUGUCCCCAAGACCGGCUCUGCCUACCUCUACAGCUACGUCACGGUCGGUGAGAUCUGGGCUUUCACCACUGGCUGGAACCUCAUCCUGUCCUAUGUGAUAGGCACAGCCAGCGUGGCCCGAGCCUGGAGCGCAGCAUUCGACAACAUCAUCAGCAACCAAAUCUCCACCUUCUUCAUGAACAAGACCACGCUGCACCUGCCGGGGGUGCUGGCCGAGCGCCCGGACUUCUUUGCGUUGAUCCUGAUCGCGUUGCUCACUGCAUUGCUGACCUUUGGCGUCAGUGAGUCCGCCCUGGUGAACAAAAUCUUCACGGCGGUGAACCUGCUGGUGUUGGCCUUCGUCUUCAUCGCCGGCUGCAUCAAGGGAGACAUCAAGAACUGGCAGCUGACGGUGGAGGAUUACAUCAACCUCACGCAGUCGCAUGAGACAGAGGAAGUCAGAAGAAAAGCCUUCGGCUCCGGUGGGUUUGUCCCCUUUAAGCUGGAAGGGAUUCUGAUGGGUGCUGCCACGUGUUUCUACGCCUUCGUGGGUUUCGACUGCAUCGCCACCACAGGGGAGGAAGCCAGGAACCCGCAGCGCUCCAUCCCCAUUGGAAUCAUUGUGUCCCUCCUCAUCUGCUUCGUGGCCUAUUUCGGGGUCUCUGCGGCCCUCACGCUGAUGGUGCCCUACUUCAUGCUGAAUAAGAAGAGCCCGCUGCCCGAGGCCUUCAAGGAAGUGGGCUGGGAGCCUGCCCGCUAUGCCGUUGCCAUUGGCUCGCUCUGCGCACUCUCCACCAGCUUGCUGGGCUCGAUGUUUCCCAUGCCGCGUGUGAUCUACGCCAUGGCAGAGGAUGGGCUGCUCUUCAAGUUCCUCUCCAGAAUCAACAGUCGCACCAAGACUCCUCUCUCAGCCACCAUCACCUCAGGGCUGCUCGCGGCUGUGUUGGCCUUCCUCCUUGACCUGAAAGACCUGGUGGACCUCAUGUCGAUCGGCACGCUGCUGGCUUACUCCCUGGUCGCUGUGUGUGUGCUCAUCCUCCGGUACCAGCCUGGGCAGCUGAACUCCCCAAAGGCCGUGGAGAUGCUGGAGCUGAAUGGGAAUGAGGAGGAGAGAGCUGUCAUGAACCCAAACAUCGCUGCCACAGGCACCAAACAGAAGGAGACGCUGUCCCUUACAGCACUCUUCAGUCCAUCUGCAGACACUCCCACGGCACUCUCAGGGUGCAUCGUCUACGUCUGUGUCUCAAUCAUGGCUGUGCUGGUUACGGUCAUCUGUGUGGUGCUGACCCUCAAGGUGAAGGCGCUGAAGGAGGCCAACGUGGCCUGGAUCUUGGUCCUGGUGCUGCUCCUCAUGGCUCUGCUCAUCCCCACCAUCAUCAUUUGGAGGCAGCCGCAGAGCAAUGCGCGGUUGAACUUCAAGGUACCUUUCCUCCCACUCCUUCCACUCUGCAGCAUCUUUGUUAACAUCCUGCUGAUGGUGCAGCUGAGUACCGGCACCUGGGUGCGCUUUGCCAUCUGGAUGGCUGUGGGUUUUAUGAUAUACUUUGGCUAUGGCAUUCGGAACAGUGUGGAAGGGAAAAAUGCAAAGGAGCUUCGAGGUUCCACAACUGAAAACCCUCUACAGCACCCUGGGAUGGAGCUCAGCCAUGGGGCUGCUGCAAUCUGAGAGAGGUGGUGGUUGUGAUCAACAUCUGUGCUCAGAGGACUGUCAGUAUUACAGUGCUGGUAUGGGACCUCACACUGCUCAGCACAGCCAUCCCGUGGGGUCCAAGCCCAGACUCGGCCGUGCGCUGCCCUUUCCCCUUGCCGAGCAGCAGUUGUGGAGAGCAGACCCCGGGCUGGGGGAAUGCUGGUGGCCCGGGGGCUGCUCCCUGCAUUCCCACCCUGCCGAGGGGCAAUGACACCGAUACGGCCCUCCCAGUGUGAAAGCUGCUGUCACAUCCUGCUUCUCCUGCCCACGAGACACUCCACGUGAUGGUAACUGCUGUAUUUGUGUCAACGCAGUCAUGACUGAGGUUGGAAGCACCUCAGCCUGGUACUGCCCGGUACCCCACAGCAGCACAGGGCUCAGCACCCACAGCCCCGAUACAAUCCCAUGCCCGUGCUGAGCCCUGUGCUGCUGGACUCGUUCGCUUAGUGUGAGCAUCACACUCAGCUGCUUGUGAUGAUGUCUGCAGUGUAGACAUAAGUGUCCAACCUUAUAUGCCUUGGUUCAAUUGGAGUUUCAGUGUUGAUUUUUUAUACUUAUUGAAGUCUAAAUGGUUUGGC